AUGAAAGGAGAACAAUCAAAAUAAAGUAAAUAUGAGAAUAUUUGGAAAGCGUAGCAGCUCGCAUUAGGAUUCUUAGUGCUUUUCAUAGCCUAGUCAUCAGCUUUGAAUCUUUAAUCAAAAGUCAUGAACUAAAAUGGAUUUGGACCUCUCGGAAAUUACAAUCUAGCAGUGCUUUCAAUUUUCUGUGUCCUGGGAGGAUUCCUCUCUACGACUAUGAUUAAGAGACUGGGCAUCAAUAUUACCUUGGUGAUAGGCACAAUUGGGAUUGCUUAGUGGAUACUCUGCUCUGUGCUUCCAGCUUUGAAAAAUAAUGAGCCAGACAAGCAUAAAAGGGAUACCUAUGUAAUAUACUCUGAUGCAUUCAUUUAUAGUAUAAUGAUAAUUUCUUCUUGCAUCUGCGGGAUGGCUACAGGAUUUGUGUGGACAGCCCAAGGAGUAUACACCGCUGAGUGCGCUACAGUAGAAUCUAAAGGGUUUUACUUCAGUUGCUUUUGGACUACCUACACCUUUUCACAAGUUGUGGGUAAUCUAAUUGCAGCAUUUGUCUUGGGAUCGAUGGAUUAAUCUAACUAUUUCUACAUAAUGGCUGGAAUAGCUGUCUCAGCAUGUCUAAUAUUUGGAACUCUCCGCAAACCUAAGAAAUUUGAUAGCAAUAAAAGUGACCAUGCAGCUACUCUACUCUAAUUUGAUUCUUCUAAUGAUUCUAACAUCUUAGAGGAAUAAUUGAAAUUGCAACAAAUGAAGAAGAAUUAGCAAGAGCAGAUCUAGAAUCAAAGCAUUUGGGAAAAUAUCAAAUCUGUGUGGGCUUGCUUCAUCUAGAAAAGAAUGAGACUAUUUCUGCCUGAGAACUUUUGGACUGGUGUGAGUAUCUCUUACUACACAGGGAUGCUUGUUCCUAUAAUGACUGCUUCGAUUUCACUCACAGAUGAUGAUUCUUAGUCACAGUUUAAAAAAGCUAUGUUGGCUAUGGUCGCUUUAGGUGUUGGAGAAAUGAUGGGAGGGUAAAUAAUCGGAUUAGUAGUUGAUAAAGUAAAUUCAAAGGUAGCAUGCAUAGUAAACUUAGUCAUAAUGAUUGUUAUGUUUGCUUUCACGUUCGGUUUUCUUGUAGAUUAUAGAUAUACAUGGCUGACUUUUGUCAUGACAUUCCUGUGGGGUUUGCAGGAUAGUGCAGUAAAUACACAUGUAUUUGAGAUGCUAGGCUUUGAAUUUGACAACAAUGAUGAUGCUUUUGCUAUUUAUAGUCUGAUAUAGUCACUGGCUUCUUUUAUAUUCCAAUUCUCCUAGUCUUUAGUUGAUACUCAUGAGAAAUACUAUAUUUAUACUGGAGUAUUGGCUUUUAUUGGAGUGAUAUGUAUUGGAAUAACCUAUUUCUUUGAUUUCAAGCAUUUGUAAAAGCUCAAGUGA